AUGAAGAGCCUUACGACGAUCAGCGCGGGCAUCCUUGCCCUCCUCACCUCGACCCUGGCCCUCCCACAACCUCUCCCUCUCAAUCACCACAAAGCCGACUCAAGCAAAGUAGGCUACCUCGGCGUCUACUGGAAGACAUCUGACGAGAGCGUCUACUACGCCUUGAGUAACAACAGUGAUCCACUAGGCUUCACCCCGAUCAACGGUGGGAACCCCAUCGUCUCCCCGACCCUGGGCACAAAGGCCAUCCGGGAUGUCUCGAUCAUCAAGGGUGUAGGUCAUGACAAGGGAAAGUACUAUCUGAUCGGAACAGAUCUUAAGAUUGCCGAUACUACCUGGGCCAAAGCGGUUCGUACGGGAUCGCGGGGAAUCUUCGUAUGGGAGAGCUCGGAUCUGCUCAAUUGGGCCGGUGAGCGUCUUGUGACGGUCGAGGAGGAGACAGCCGGGAUGGUCUGGGCGCCGGAUGCAAUCUGGGAUGCGAGAAAGGGAAAAUACCUGGUGCAUUGGGCGUCCCAAUUCUACGCAGCAAACGAUACCGAACACACAGGCAAUCCCACCACCACCGAAAUCAUCCGCUACGCUCAUACAAGUGACUUCAAGACCUUCACCAAGCCGCAGACGUACAUCGAUCACAAGACCAGCACGACAAUUGACCUCAGCAUUCUCCCUGUCGAUGAAAACACCUUCGUCCGCUUCUACGUCAACGGCAACGUUUCCGGCCCGGUGGUCGAAGUAAGCGACAACGGUCUGUUCGGUGAUUGGACCUCCCCCUCGGGCACCGUUGAGGACAGCACUCGCUACGAGGGCCCAUAUCCCUUCUGGGACAAUGUGCAAGAUGGCAAGGCGUAUUUGGUGUGCGACAAGGUGGGAAGUGUCACCGGUUGGGCGCCGUGGGAGUCGACGGAUGUAACAUCGGGACAGUUCACGCCUGUCUCAGGCUAUAACCUGGCAUCUAUGAGGCAUGGUUCAGUGCUGUCCGUGACUCAGGAGCAGUACGACGCUCUGGCUGCUCUUUAG